AUGUCACUAUCUAAGGAUAAUUUUGUGAUUGAAACUGAAUGUGAUGAUGAUAAGAAUAUUGUUAGUAAUGGAAGAACAUUAACAAUUCAUGCCAUUAGAUCAUCUUAUUAUGAUCACAUGGUGGAGACUGAUAUUGAGGAAGUGAAAGAGAUAAAUCUUCAGAGUUUGACUUCAUUUAAGGAUUCACACUUUCCAAAUGUCCCUAUUGAUGGGUUUUAUUCAAUUUUGAUGAGUUUGGUUAAUGGGGAAUACAGUUCUAAUGUUAAUGAUUAUUUGAUAGAUUAUGGAAUUGAUGGGUUUUUUAGAAAUAUAGAAAAAUCAAAGGAGAAGGUAAUGAAAUUAUACAAGGACCAUCAUUUUGACGAUUCUUUACUGCUUCGAACUUUGAAAUGUAAAAAUAUUGAACUCACUGAAAAUCUUAUGAAAAAAGGCCACAUACUAACUUUGGAACAAAUGCAAAACAUUACAAAAAAUAUCAAGAAUGUUGAUUCAUUUACUGUCUUAUUCACAUGCAAAUAUUUGAAAUUCAACAAUAUUGAUUUUAAUAGAUUUCUCCCAGAUGUUGAAUCGAUUCUAGAUAGCACUCCCGAGGUUUGUGAAAUAUUCAUAGAAGAAAAGAUUGUCGAAUGCCCAGAUGUCUUGAUUGAUAUUGUUAAUGAAACCACUCAUGUAAACUAUCCUGCUCUCCAAUAUUUGAAGCAAGUCAAACCAAGUCUGAUUUGUCCACUAGAUACUCGUUCAAUUAAGAAGAAAGGUCAACCAAAGAUACUAAUUCUCUUUGAGAAUCCAGCACACGAAAAAGAACAAAAAUACCUCUACUCAUCCAUGACACGAAUAACUUGUAAAAUAUUCCCUCAAAGUUUGGAUAGAGAGAAGGUACUAAAUAAUCUUACUGAGAAAUGUAGCAAUAUGGAUGUAAUUCUAUUUAGGCCAAAAACUUUCUCUGAGGAUAAAUUGAAAGAAACCUUGGAACUAAUUCAAAAGGCCACCAUCAAUACCAAACCAAUUAUUGGAAUAGUUUGUUUCUAUUCAAAUCUAUCAGAAAACAAACAAGCACUCAGGGAAGUGUUUAGAGCGGUGAGAGAUGUCUAUUUGAUAAUAGAAAUCUAUCCAUGUCCACCUUUUUCUCAAUUUACAGAAAUAUUUUACUGUAAUCAAAAUCUAUGCAACAUGUAA